GGUGGAGCCCGCUGCACUGCGCCCGGCAAGCCCGCGCGUCCCCUGCUCCCUCCCCGGCGUGGGGGCGUCAGGCUCGCGCCUGCGCGCGGAAGGAGGGGCGCGGCCCAGGACCCCCGACCACGGCGCGCAGCUGUCCUGUGCGGGGCGGCGGGCCGUCAUGCUGCCCUAGGCCCUAGGCCCCCACGGAAGCCGCGGCUGUGGGUAGCAGGAGUGCGGGCCACCCGCGCUGCGCUGGGCCAUGGCGUUCCUGACUGGGCCUCGCCUGCUGGACUGGGCCAGCUCGCCGCCCCACCUGCAGUUCAAUAAGUUCGUGCUGACCGGGUAUCGGCCGGCCAGCAGCGGCUCCGACUGCCUGCGCAGCCUCUUCUAUCUGCACAACGAGCUGGGCAACAUCUACACGCACGGGCUGGCCCUGCUGGGCUUCCUGGUGCUGGUGCCGAUGACCAUGCCCUGGGGACAGCUGGGCAAGGAUGGCUGGCUGGGGGGCACACACUGCGUGGCCUGCCUGGCACCCCCUGCGGGCUCUGUGCUCUAUCACCUCUUCAUGUGCCACCAAGGGGGCAGCUCUGUGUAUGCCCGACUCCUCGCCCUGGACAUGUGUGGGGUCUGCCUUGUAAACACCCUCGGGGCCCUGCCCAUCAUCCACUGUACCCUGGCCUGCAGGCCCUGGCUGCGCCCAGCUGCCCUGGUGGGCUACACUGUGCUUUCAGGAGUGGCUGGCUGGAGGGCUCUCACCGCCCCCUCCACCACUGCCAGGCUCCGGGCCUUUGGUUGGCAAGCAGGUGCACGCCUGCUGGUGUUUGGGGCCCGCGGACUGGGGCUGGGCUCAGGGGCUCCAGGCUCCUUGCCCUGCUACCUGCGCAUGGACGCACUGGCACUGCUCGGCGGGCUGGUGAACGUCGCCCGUCUGCCAGAGCGCUGGGGACCUGGGCGUUUCGACUACUGGGGCAACUCGCACCAGAUCAUGCAUCUGCUCAGCGUGGGAUCCAUCCUGCAGCUGCACGCCGGGGUGGUGCCCGACCUGCUCUGGGCCGCCCACCACGCCUGCCCACCAGACUGAGCUGCCUGCCCCUAGGAGCCAAUGCCGUGCUUCCUCCUGCUGACGUCAAGGGGCUGGCUCCUUGGUACAGACUUCCUCCUCGGAGUAGCUGCCCCUCCAUCCAUCUCUGUGGACUGACCAUGCCCCCCACCCUUGUCUUGGAGCUCUGGCUUCUGCUCCCUGUCUGGGUCCUGUGAGGACUCAACCAGACCAACUGGGGCACUUCUUGCCGUGUCUGUUGGGAGUCCUGCCAGCCUGGAGCCAUCACCUGUCCUGACCCUCCCACAAGGCCUCUCUCGGUGCUUGGGCCAGCCCCCAGGCCACGCUUCCUGACUCACACAUUUCUGCCCCCACAUGUCCGCCCUCUCAGCAGCUGGCUCGCUCCACCUCCCUCCUGUCCAGGAUAGUGAGGGUUUUGGGUAGCAGGACCAGCCCCCUCAUCCAGCAGCAAGUGGGUGUUGGCAUUUCUGUCCAGUGGACAAAGUGGCUCAAGGGUGGCUGCUUCUGCCAGGCAGCUGCCACAGAUGCACAGGGAGUAGCCAGGGAGGCCCAUCUAGACGAAGAGUCUGCCCUGUGUCUUGAAUGCCAUGUGGACAGCACAAGCUGCCCACUGCAUCUGCUCCACAAGCGGGAAGGCUCCAGGCUGAGGCCCUGGCUUCUGCAGCAGGAGCAGCCUCAGGCCUGAGACCCAGGCAGCAGUGCCAUGUGGCAUACCCACAAGCACUCCCAAGGUUCAGAUACCUUUUAUUACACACGGCCAGGCAGAGGGCACCCAUGGGAGUCCCCAGAGGGGCCCCACUUUCUAGGGAAUGAGAAGAAAAGGGGACAAAAUAUUAAAAGCAGCUAGGCUGGGCCCGAGGUCCAGGUGGGGUCUAGUGAGUCCUCAAACAGGCUGAGGAGAUUUCGAGGCUCAAAGGAAGGGAAAGAACCCCGAGGUGGCUCUGAGUCGAUGUCACUUAGGUCCAGGGCGUCCCUGAGGGGGAAGAAAGCUGACACUCAGGACCCCAAGCCAGCCACACCCCUACCCCUGCCCCUGGGUCUGCUCACCUGGGUGGGUACCUGCUGCGGGGAGUGGAAGUACUCCCCACAGCCCGAGCCAGGGUGGCCUCUGGGGAGCGUGCCAGCCUGUAGAAGGGGCAAGAAAAGCUGAGGGCUGAGGAGUGCAGGGCAGGGGCAGCUCUGCCCCAGGGAUGGUCCAGGCUCCCACCUCGCGGGGCGAAAUAAAACAUGGUGCACUCCAACAGCUUACAAGUCUUUCUACCCAACCACACUCAGAGGCCACCUCAGCCCCGGCACUGGGUGGGCACUGGGCAGGCA